UCAGACUUGCACAAUUGUUAAUAUUUUACGUUUCACAACAUAAUCUUUUUUACUCUUGAAAUAAUCAGAAAUACAUCGAUGGUGAUAAGCGUGAUUGGAUUGGCACUGCCUUCCUCUUUGAAGAUUUGAUAUAAGAAAUCACAAAUGCUAAUAUGAAGUAGACACUUCUCAAUAUAAUUUAUUCUGUCACUUGAAUUCUUCAUCAAAUUCAAGAUUACAUUAUAAUGUUAAAAAAUACUAAAAUCUAGCAUUGAAAUUGGAUAAAGAAGAUAUUUUAUAUACUGAAUUUAAAAAAUCCAAAUAGUUUGAAUAAAGUCAAGAGCUAGAUAUUCUUUAUUACAGAUUUAUUACAGAUAUUUGAAAUGCUUUUACUUAAUUUAAGCCACUAUGUUAAAAAAACAGAUUCAAGUACUGAAGAUACUGAAGAUGAAGAAGGAAAAGUCAAAGCAUUAGAUCCUUUUACUGAAGUUGAUGCAUAUAAAGUAAAUGCAAGUGGACGUGAUAUUUUGGAUUAUGCAAGUUCUUCUGAUAGUGAUGUUGAACCUACAACAGUGAAUGAUACUUUAAGAGGAAGUUAUCUUGAUGAUAGUGAUAAUGAAAGUUUAUAUAGUGCACAAGAAGAUCCUUUAAAUAUUAAUUUUUUAAGGCAUGCUGGAAUUUUUACUGCUGAGGAGGUGAUCUAUAUUGCACGAGAAAAACUAAUUAGAUUACAAUCACUUUAUAUAGAUCAAUUUAGAAGAUUACAAUAUAUAUUAAGAGAGAAAAGAAGAAAAUAUUUACAUGCACUUAAAAAGGAAAAGGAAACAUUAUGUAGUAUAUAUGAUCAACCGAAAGAAACUGCAAAAGAAAAAAAAAUUUAUGAAAAAUUGAAAGCCUUAAAUCGUUAUCAUAGACGUAGUGGAGUUGAAGCUAUAUUAUAUAGAAAAUCUUUAGAACGUAGAGCACAAGCAACUGUAGGUCCUACACAAAAAAUACCAAGUAUAUCAAAAUGUAUUUUUACAGAAGGUGGAGUAAAAUGUGGAGAAAAAACCCUUCCUGCUGCAAAACAUUGUCGCAAACAUAUUCUUAAAGAUCAACAUCAAGUUUUAUUUAAAGCAUGUGGUGCAGUUCGAGCAGAUAUAGAAUGUCAUGAGCCAGUACCAGUGAUUUUUGAUACAAAUUGUGUAUUUCAUAUGAAUUUACCAUCUGAAUGUAAAUUGGAAACUAUGAAAUUUAAAGAAUCAAAACCUGAAACACAGGAAAUAUCAGCAAUAGAUAAUCAGUCUAUAGAAAUUGAUGUAGUAGGUGAAAUUCAAGAAAUUGAUCCAGAUGAUGACAUGGCAGGAUUAAUGAGAGAAAUGAGUGAUGCUGCACAUAUGAAACCAGUAUUUAAUGAAAGUUUAAAUAGUGAAGCUAGCACAGAUACAGCAUUUAGUUUAUCAGCUCAGAUGAGUGAUAAAGAUGAUCUAGUCUCUGUUUGAUAAACUAUUUUGUUAUAAUAUAAUUAUUCUAAUAUUUGUAUAAAACUUAAUAUUUAAAUAAUAUUUAUAAAUUUUA